UUGAUGGCAGUGUGUCCAGAGGCAGCCCGGCUCCAGGCUGAAGCAAAAAGCCAGAGCGGGUGAUGCGGGAGCUGCUCCAGCGCCUACCGCAGCCUGCGGCCCGGUGGGAGCGUCCCGGGCCCUGCCCCGGGGCGCCCUGAGGCGGGGCAGUGCCCACUCCCGCCGGCCGCCCUCACAAGGCCCAGGCCGCCUCCUUCCCACAAGGCCCAGCAGGGCCGCCCUCACACCUGCCCCGCCCUGCCCUGUCCCGCCCGGCCCCACCCUGCCCCGUGGCCUCUGUCACACCCCACGCUGACGUGCUGAGCCUUCCACCAGCCAUUGUGACGCCACAGGCGCCAGUCGGGCACGGCUUUGUUGGUGCCCGCAGCCGGCGCUCAGAGCUGCUGGAGCCUCUCGGGGAGCAGCAGCACAUCCCGCUCGGGGAGCAUUGCGCGCCUGCAUCGCCGUCUUGGCAGCUGCAGGCCACGACCACUGCGCAGGGCGACCUCGUCUGCCUUGUGCUUCAUACCCUGUGCCCGUCCUUCUUCUCGUCCCCUUUGUCACCCUCCCCCUAAACCUCGCCCCGUCCCAUUCCUCAUCCCCACUUGGCUCCCGGCAGCCCGCCGGGGCCUUCUUGCCCUUCCUGCUGCUGGGAGCUCCAAGCAGGGCCAUGCCGUGGCUUCUGAGCAAGAAGCGACGGCAGUCGCCCUCCAGCAGCCCCAGUGGGCAGCCCUGGGCUGCCACCAGCUCCAGCAGCGCCUCCCAGCUCCGGGAGCAGGGGCUGGGCAGGCUGCACCGCGCGGCCGCCCGCGGUGACCUGGGCUGGCUGAGGCGCUGGCGCUGGUACGUCAAGGUAGUCGGCAUCGACAGGCCAGACCAGGAGAUGCGGACACCUCUGCAUCUGGCUUCAGCCAAUGGCCAUGCAGAUGUCGUCAGAUAUCUGCUAAGAAAGAACAGCCAGCCCAACCUCGCUGACAGCUUCAAGAGAACGGCCCUGAUGAAGGCAGUGCAGCAGGAGCAGGAAGAAUGUGUUGCUGUUCUGCUGGAACACGGUGCCGACCCCAAUCUGGCAGACGCUGACGGCAACACUGCCCUUCACCUGGCUGUGCUCUCUAAAAACACAGCUGUAGCAGGGCUGUUACUGGAGCAUCAUGCCAACAGUGAUGCUCAGAACCAGUGGGGAUUUACCCCCUUGAAACUUGCAGCCUUGCAACAGCACGAGGAGAUUCUGGAGUGCCUUGUGAACAAAGCAGCUGACAGGCCUGCUCAAGCCCAGGGGGAAAGGAGUGCUCUUGUGGUUCCUGGAAGCCAUGAGGCUCACCUGGAGGAAGAUAAUCUGCGCUUGCAGGAGGAGCUGGACAGGGCUGGCGCGGAGCUGCAGGAGGAGGAAGAAAAGCAUCUUCAGUCUGAGCAUUGUGUUCCUGACUUGAAGACUGCUUUGGAUGCCAAGAAAAGAGAGGCAGUAACUUCUUCCCUGGAACUGCAGGACCUCCUGUUGGCAUCUUGUGAGACCAAUCCGACUGUGAACCAACUGGAAGAAGACGCGCAAGACUUUGCAAGUGAGAACAGCAGAUUGGAAGCCACUGUCCAGCAGCCAAGCGAGAGCGUUGAAGCCCUUCCGAGAGCCCUGCAAGCCUCUGCCUCAGGUGGUGAACUUUCCCAGCAGCUGGACAUGGAGCCUGGAACAGGCAUGCAGCUCGAGGCCCUAAACCAGGCUUUGCAAGAAGAGCUGUCCACUCUGCUUGGGAAGUGUGAACAACUGGAGAAGAGCAAAUGUCAGCUGCAAGAAGAGGUGACAAAACACCACCAUCAUUUGGAGACUUUGGUGCUGGAUGGCAGCCAAAGAGAACAGUGUACAGGAGAGGUGGCAGAAGGAGCUGACCAGGAAAGAAGUGCAAAGCUACAAGAGGUCAGCCUCGUUUUGCAAGCACAGGCAGCCCACCAGGCCCCACUAGGACAAACCAGAGACCAUCAUUGUGAUUCCGUGAGAAUCCAGUUGGAAGAAAGGAUUAGAAAUCUGGAAAGUGAAUUGGAGAGGGUCAAAAACACCCAACAAGAGAGAGCUUCUCGUAAAGAAGCAACACAGGGAGGGAUGGAAAUGUACAAAGAGCUGUAUGUGGAGGAAGUGAAAACCAGAAGAUGCCUUGCCAAGAAACUGGAAAGGCUGGAAAAGCUUCUGAGGAUAGAGAGGAGGAAACUCCGGGUUAAUGAAGAGAAAGGAAGUCAGUCCCAGCUGGAAGAAAUGAAGAAGAGAUAUUCUGAAAAGGUCAAGGAAGUUGAUAGAUUCCAAAGAGAGGUUGCUGAACUUUCCCAGCAGUUGGACAGGGAACGUGAACAGUGCACGCAGCUGGAGGCCAAAAAUCAGGCUUUGCAAGAAGAGCUGUCUGCCCUGCGUGGGGAGUGCGAGAACCUGGCCCUGGACAAAUGCCAGCUGCAAGAAGAGCUGGCAAAACUCCACCAUCAUUUGGAGACCAACGUGGUGGAUCGCAGCCAACUCGAACAGUGCAAAAGAGAGGUGGAAGAACAAGCAGACCAGGAAAUAAGACAAAAACUCCAAGAAGUCAAUGAGUUUUUGCAAGCACAGGCAGCCCACCAGGACACCUUAGAAGAAAUCAGAAGCAGUCAUGUGGAGUCACUGAAAAAACAGUUAGAAGACAGAAUUAGAGAUCUGGAACGUGCACUGGGAAGGACAAAAAGCAACCAAGCAGAAAGACCUUUUCAAAAGGAAUCCACCCAGGCAGAAGUGGACAAGUACAAAGAGCUGUAUCUGGUGGAAGCCCAAAGAAGAAAAAGCCUCACCAAGAAACUGGAAAGAGCUACUGAGAGACUUGCAGUGGCGAACACCAAGCUCUUUUUGGAGCGCCACAGAAGCAGAUCUGUGGUCACAAGCAGCGCUGUCAGCGGAGUUCUGGCUGCAAGUCCACUUCUGGAUUCACCUGGCCUGGGACAUGUUGGCCUCAGUUUGGGACUGAGCAGAAGUCUGGCUCUCAGAACACCACCCAGACACCUGUGGUAAAGCCCAAGACUUCUGCUCAUCAGGUUGGUACAGAUUUUC